UCGCCGAGCUUUCAGUCAGAGAAGCCAGCUGUCACUCAUCGAUAUCGGCGUUCAGCUAACGUCAGACUGCAUGUGGCAAACGGCGAAGGCUCCGGUCCCGAUAAAUACGAGACAAGGACACCGCUGGAUGGAGGUGGACCUCCAGUGAUCAACAGAUCAGCAACUCCUCCUGUUCACUCCUCCUGUGAGGAAUAAGAUGAGGGACCCGAAAGGCAACGCCGGAGCCAAAUGGCACAUGUGAGCCGCUGACGUAUUUAUUAGCAAAAUUUCGAGCCGGUCAUAGAGAUAUGGACAAACGAGCUGUGAAGAUUUGGUUUUAAUCAGCUGAUACAGCUGUUACUGGCGCUGGCGUGGGUUCGGUCCUUGGCAAAAUGACCAGACUAUUGUUUAGCAUCGCUGUAAUGGAAUGGGCCCGCAGGAAUUUUGGCACCGGUUUUACGCAGCAGACCACAUAGUUGAAUCGACGUAGCUCGACCGAAGACUGAAUAGCGUGGCUGAUAUGGACAAAGACUGCUUGCACAUCUCGUAGUGAUGCUAUGAGAUACAAUUAAAACACAAUAGUAAAACAUCCUGCUGGUUCCUCCCGAGAACUGGAGCAGAUAAUCAACGGCGGGAUUCAAGUUUGGACCUCACCAAGUCCAAAACGACCUUCCCCUCCCAAAAAAAGGACCAUCUUAUAUCUUUAAGCAUCCUCACAGACUCGCACAGCGUUCUUUCCUUCAGAAUGUAUGAUGUGGAGCCAGUACAGUAAGAGAGUCUGUGAACAGGUGAGAGAGGGACACUGUCUGCCCCACUGUCCAGCGACACCAUGAGCUGGAGCUUCCUCACGCGGCUGCUGGAGGAGAUCCACAACCACUCCACCUUCGUGGGGAAGCUGUGGCUCACCGUGCUCAUCGUCUUCCGCAUUGUUCUCACUGCUGUUGGGGGAGAGUCCAUCUACUACGACGAACAGAGCAAGUUUGUCUGUAACUCAGGCCAGCCAGGCUGUGAGAAUGUUUGCUAUGACGCCUUUGCCCCUUUGUCUCACGUCCGCUUCUGGGUCUUCCAGAUCAUCUUGGUGGCAAUGCCUUCUCUCAUGUACAUGGGCUAUGCUGUCAACAAGAUUGCACGAUUAGAUGAAGCCAAAGGAGGCUCUGGAUCUGCUGCUGUUAGGACAGGAGGAGGCGGCUACACACACAGAAAGCCUAGGAAAAUGUGCUUUGGAGCAAGACAGCACCGAGGCGUGGAGGAGACUGAGGAAGACCAGGAGGAUGAUCCCAUGAUCUAUGAGGUGCCAGAGAUUGAGCCCCCAAAAAGGCCACGGGACCCACUGCAGCCCACACCCAGACCCAAAAUCCGACACGAUGGGCGUCAGCGUAUCCGAGAUGAAGGGCUAAUGCGGGUCUAUGUUUUGCAGUUGGUGACUCGUACAGUAUUGGAAGCAGGUUUCCUCACAGGCCAGUAUUUGCUGUAUGGUUUCCGUGUGACACCCAUAUUUGUGUGCUCAGGGAAACCUUGUCCCCACAGUGUUGACUGCUUUGUGUCGAGGCCUACAGAGAAAACCAUUUUCCUGCGCAUCAUGUAUGGCGUCACUGUCCUUUGCCUCACACUCAAUGUUUGGGAGAUGCUCCACUUGGGCAUUGGUUCCAUUUGUGACAUUCUUCGCCGUCGUCGUUGCCCACCUCAGGAGGAUGAGUACCAGUUGGGCCUGCUGGGUACUAACGGUGGUGUGGAGGGCUCAGUAGGGGGAGCAGGCCCUGAAGCAGGUUCUGAAGGAGGCGUGGGUGGAGAUGGUACUGCUGAUUAUGUUGGUUACCCCUUCUCAUGGAACACCCCAUCAGCUCCACCUGGUUACAACAUUGUGGUGAAGCCAGAGCAGAUGCCCUACACAGAUCUUAGCAAUGCUAAGAUGGCAUGCAAACAGAACAGGGCUAACAUUGCCCAAGAGGAGCAGCAGCAGUUUGGCAGCAAUGAGGACAAUUUCCCCACUGGAGGAGAGGCCCGUGUAGCUCUGAACAAAGACAUGAUCCAGCAAGCUCAUGAGCAACUGGAGGCAGCCAUCCAGGCCUACAGUCAGCAGCACCGGGCAGAGGAGCAGCUUGGGGACAACCAGGACGACAAGCCCCAAAGCAACAUCAUCCAGGCCCAACCUCAGCCGCAACCGCAGCCUCAGAAAGAGCGCAAGCAUAGAUUUAAGCAUGGGAAAGGGGGGAGCAGUGGAGGUGGGAGCAGCAGCAACAGUAGCAGCAGCAAAUCAGGAGAGGGCAAGCCCUCUGUAUGGAUUUAAUCCCCAAAACAGUGACAUAUAUUGAAACCAUGUAUAUAUUAGAGACUGGAUGAUGAGCUGUUGCAAUUUUUCUUGGAUAUUUAAACACCAUUAUGCCUUACAGAAUCCUGCAAGCUGGAGAAGAUGCGUAUUUGUGUACAAUGGUGUGUAAAAAAAACAAAAAAACAAAACAAAACAUGAAAAUGUGAUACUGCAGCUGACAAAUUGUUUUGUCUGGGUAAUCACUGUCUAACUUGAAACAUCACACCAACACAAUCUAUGUUAGGCUACAGUCUGUCGUUUACAUGUCUCGUUCUUCUCAAGUCCUGAAGCAGACUAUUGACCGCUGUUUUUCUUCCUGUUCGUCCUUUCAGGAAAACCCCAGGAUCAUAAUGUGUUCUCUUGCAAAAUUUAGAUGAUCACAAUGUAAAUGCAAUAAUUGAAGCACGAUUCCGUGGUGCCGCCUAAAGGAUUGGCUUUAUAAUGCAGUGAGAAGAUCACCUUCCUGAAGGCUGCGUCCUGUCACUCAUCUACCAUGUCUGCUUCAUUAACAGUGUUAUAUUGCUGUGACUUUGCAUUUGACCGUGUGUUUGUAUAUGUUUAUUGUGUAUUUUUUUUUAUAAGAGUAGGACACCAGCUGCUACACAGGAACCGAUGAGUACAGCGGGUGGAUUUUUAAUCCAGUCUACAUCUGAAAUUUUCUGUGAAAAAAUAAAUAAGAUGCAUAAGCAAUCCAGUUUUAUAGUUUAUUCUUAAAUUUCUCAUUUUCUCCCUAUGGCUUUUCAUGGCUCAGUACUUCACCGUUCCUCCAUCUGCCUUGUAUUUGGCUGCCCCCUGGUGGUAUCUUUAACGGGGCUCGAUACUGGGGAGAAGAUGCCAAUGCUACCUGCACCCAGCAACACCUUAACGAGCUGUAGUGUUCCUUUUCUAUUGACAAUACUUGUGUCACUUAUGUCUUCCCAGUGCUACAAGUCCAGUGUUAGGUGCACAAGGCUGCAAUAUUACCACAUUGUAAUGGAAAAGGUUUAAAGCCAUUACUAUAAUACAGUGAGACCAAACACUGUUUGUGUGAUGCAAGUGUCAGUGCCAAGAUUUUAUGCUAGGCUGCUAUGAAGCCUUGUUGUUUGUAGCUUUGGAAUACUGUGGCCAUGCUUCUCCACUUGUGGAAAUAUGCCUAUGUGAGACCAACCCUUUUGUAAAAAUCACUUCUCUCUCUUUUUUUUUUUUUUUUAAAUAACAGUAUGUGCAUUGCAUUUUUUCAUAUGGGAUUUAAAAUGAUAAAACUCCAAAAUGGAGUCAAUUUUUAUGUCCCAGACAGUGUUUUAUAUGAAAACACUCUGUUUUUCAAUGAAGCUUUGUUUUGGAUUUUUUUUGUAAAAUAAAAUAAAACAAGAUCUUUUAAAAAUGA